AUGCUCGCACAAUCUAUUUGGGCUCAUGAUCUGCCUAUCGUCAGUGUUGUAGGCCUUCUCACGUCCAUAGUGCGCUCACAUGCAAGACGGUAUUUUGAGCGUACUAUUCCAGAAUGGCCUCAGCUUGACGAGGCAGUUAAGAGCCGAUUAGCGGUCGAGGUGGGCGUCAUACCAUCUCGAGUUGUUCUGUUCUACCUCACUCUACCGCUGGUGCUAAAGGGCUUUUCUCCAAUGGACUCAUGGACUGCUAAUGAUACAGCAAAGUCCUUAACAUCAUGUGCUAUUCUGACUGGAUCUUACAUCAUUGAUCUUACUGUCACGAGGAACGAUAAGGCCUCUACGUUGCACCAUGUCAUGGGCCCAGCUCUGCUUCUUUGGAUACGCCUCUGUUUCUCUUCGUUCACAUCCUCGGAUGCGCUUCUCUGCCGGCUACUCAUCCAGUUUGUUUUCUUUGGAGCGACAAUUUCUGGUGCCACAACGACGGCACUUGUAUUUCUGUAUCAAUUCAGAAAGACGUGGUUCCGCUCUUCUACCAGCAGCGCUUACUUCUAUUUCACAUUGCUUCUCCCGGUUUUGGCCUUAUCUACGAUCGCCAGCACUUUUUACUGCACCAUCUAUCUUCUGGUCUGGUUCGACGAGGCUUUUGCUUAUUUUGGUCAUUGGGGCUAUCUCCCGCUGGGGUGGGUGUUAGUGGAGUGUGGUAUGCAGUGGAAGUGGUUGAUGUGGUUCUACAACUUUGAUGAAUGGUACCGUACGACGACGUACGAAAGCCCUGAGGAAUCAGACGAACUCAAGAACAAAAUGGUAAAAGUGGCUGCCGCAGCAUGGUGGCUACCAAAGUGGCGGUUUGCGGCAAUCAAAUUUCUGGCUGCGGCAUGGUUUGCUACAGUACUCGGGGUCACUUGGAAGACUGGCGAUGUACAAUGCUUGGCCAGGGAAUUUGGCAGGUUUGUCUCAGACAUUUGGCGCGAGGGCUUAGGCCUUGGUAGAGACAAGGUCAGGAUCCAAAACCAUGUAGAGUUGUGA